CCCAUUUUUUUGUGUUCAGUCACCAUUAACUUUAUAGUAUAAGAGAACCCCUCUUUCUUCUCACUUCAAAAUCUAACAAUCCUUGUAGUAGUAACAAUCACCAUAUAUAUACACUCGUAUAUACAUCCAUAUAUUCCAUACUUCGUCGAUCUCAGACCGAUCGCCACAAAUAUAGGCGUUAAGCUUUCGCCUUGAUCGUUCACCCAAUUUUCAUGUCCCCAGUUCAAGACUUUCCGAUGUUGUUUUCCUAAUGUUUCCAACAGUCCGAUUCUCGAUUCCCUGGCAUGGUUUCUAGCAUACCCACUUCCGAAAUUCCCUUCUGAACCAUAUACCCUUUUCGCAUUUCUCACUUUGUUUGGACAAAUCAUGAAGAAAGCCAGAGGAUUCAGAUUGGGAAGAAAGCUCGUGAAAAUCUUUAAGUCUGCAGUCAAUAGAAAAACAACAAAGCAGUACCAACGCUUAACUCCACCAAGCUCUACAACCAACACGAUAUCCAGGCUCUGUAACUGGGCCAGGGGACUCUGUUUACCCAAAUCGAAGUCGGGUUACGUUCGGGUGGGUCAUGACCCGAUUGAGGCCACCAAACCAGUGGGAGUACCGAAGGGUCACUUGGCGGUGUACGUGGGGGAGAAAGAAGACGACGCGCAUCGGUACUUGGUGCCUGUGAUUUACUUCAAUCACCCACUUUUCGGGGACUUGUUGAAGGAGGUUGAGGAGAAGUACGGGUACGAUCAUCCGGGUCGGAUUCAGAUUCCCUGUCGGGUGUCGGAGUUCGAGAACGUCCGGACAAGAAUUGCCGGUGGCGGCGGCGACGGCCGUAGGCGGUGGAGGCUGCGGUGUUUGUCGGGCGUAUGAAGAGUGCAGUAAUGGUUUGCAAUUCUGUAACUCGGGAUCUUUACAGUUUACUCGUUGGAAAAAACUAUUUCACGGAGCUUUCCGUGAAUAAUGGUUUACAGAGGUGAAUCGUGCCCAUUUAAAGUGUAAGGGACGGUCUAGAUCUUAGUGGAAUUUUUUCGGACCUGAAAUUUUUUGUUAAAAUCCGGACCGUCCAAUGUCAAAACAGACGGCUGAGAUCAAGCGGCUCUGUAAAUUACUUCUUUACAUCGGCUCCGUGAAUAAGCAAUAGUCUUACUGCAGGUUACUACGUUAGUAUGUUGUAGUAGUUGACGUUAGGCCAUGUAUUUCAGUUUUGGAUGUUUUUUGCAAAGUAAUUUUUGAUGCGUAGAGGAAAUAAAUGUGGAAAUUAUUUUAUUUUA